AUGUACCAGCCAGAUGUUGAAGAGUCCGUCUCGCUGUUCAUAUCUCUGAUAUGCAUCUCGCUGAUGUCGGUCCUGUUCGGUCGCAAAACUGCAGGGACAAAGCUGGGAGCCAUCAACUACGCCCGAGGAUUGGUUAUCGCACUCUACCUGAUCUCCUGGGCGUUCUCGCUUAUAGCCACGAUGCUUGCUCAGACAAACAACUACAAUAUUGUGUCCUGUACAAUGUCCAUCUACAUUUGCAUUAUCCUCUAUGCGAUCUCCAAAAUUGUUAUCUACUUGUUCUUAAUGGAGAAGGUCUAUGUUGUCACAGCAGUAGGAUCCACGAGAUCUGAAUUCAAGUUCUCCUGGGCGAUGGAGCAGUACUUUUGGACUUUUGCCUGA